UCACUCACAUUGCAACAAUGAGCGAGACAUUCGACUGUGCAAAAUGCUGCGAGUCCCUGUUUGGCCGUAAGUACAUCCAGACAGACAGCGGUCCCUACUGCGUGCCCUGUUAUGAUGACACCUUUGCCAACACCUGUGCUGAGUGCCAGCAGCUUAUUGGGCAUGACUCCAGGGAGCUGUUCUAUGAGGACCGCCACUUCCACGAGGGCUGUUUCCGCUGCUGCCGCUGCCAGCGCUCACUAGCUGAUGAGCCCUUCACCUGCCAGGAGAGAGAGUUGCUCUGCAAUGACUGCUACUGCAGCGCCUUCUCCUCACAGUGCUCUGCCUGUGGAGAGACCGUCAUGCCUGGGUCCCGGAAGCUGGAAUAUGGAGGCCAGACGUGGCAUGAACAUUGCUUCCUGUGCAGUGGCUGUGAGCAGCCGCUGGGCUCACGUUCCUUUGUGCCCGACAAGGGUGCUCACUACUGCGUGCCCUGCUAUGAGAACAAGUUUGCUCCUCGCUGUGCCCGCUGCAGCAAGACGCUGACCCAGGGGGGAGUGACAUACCGCGAUCAGCCCUGGCAUCGAGAAUGCCUGGUCUGCACUGGGUGCCAGACACCCUUGGCAGGACAGCAGUUCACCUCUCGGGAUGAGGAUCCCUACUGCGUGGCCUGUUUUGGAGAACUCUUUGCACCCAAGUGCAGCAGCUGCAAGAGCCCCAUCACAGGACUUGGUGGAGGCAAGUACGUGUCCUAUGAAGACCGGCACUGGCACCACAGCUGCUUCUGCUGCGCCCGCUGCUCCACCUCCCUGGUGGGCCAAGGCUUUGUGCCCAGUGGAGACCAAGUGAUGUGCCAGGGCUGCAGCCAGGAAGGGCUCUGAGCCAGGGCUCCUGGCCUGGGCUUUCCCAAACCAGGGCUCCAGGACACCAGGACUCUGGCUACUUUCCUGAACCAUCUCUGGGAUCCAGCUCCUCCCCAGAAUGAGGCUUCUCCUGAGCUUCAAGAUUGUCUCCCCUAUUCCAUCACACCCCAACUGGUACUCACUUACCCAGGGCCCCCAAACUCAGGCUCUUUUGGAUUCAAGCUGCACUAUCCCAAAUCUGAAUUCCAGAACUGAGCCCUCUCCUACAGUCUGACUUUCCAGAUCAAGCUCCCUCAACCAAAUCAGGGCUCUAGAUUCCCAGCCCUCCAAAUCUAGACACUGGGACCCAGAUCAGUCUAGACUUCUAGACUUCAGUCUAGACUUCUCUGAAUCCACCUAAAGUUUCUUAUCUGUGUCUGAGAAGUCCUCAAAAGCCCUCUGUCUUUUUUUAUUCCACCCUGCCUAAGUCCCAUCUGCAUCCCCAGAGCAUCGGGUGGGGGUCCUAAGGUACUGGGGGCUGCCCAGCUCAUGUCCAUCUUCUCAUUUUAUUUCAGCUCCAUCUAGCCCAGAGAUGGGCAGAGAGGGGUGCGGGUUAGCUCACCCUGUCCUAGAUUCUGCAAUAAAGCAGU